UGCCACUCUCAAAUUUUAUUUUGUUUCCGUAGGUUGUACUUUAUUUGGAACAACUGAGACGCUUCUUGUUCUCUCGCAACAGUUCUUCCGCGGAGAGAAUGGCGGAAAAGCCCCAGCCGGUGCGAGUGCUUUACUGUCAGGUGUGUGGAUUGCCGGCUGAGUACUGCGAAUUCGGUUCCGAUUUCGAGAAAUGCAAGCCUUGGUUGAUCCAAAACGCCCCUGAUCUCUACCCUGAUAUUCUCAAAGAGGAAAACGAGAAGGAAGCUGAUAAAGUCUCCGACCGGCUCCAGACCACUUCCAUCUCUGAUGGAACUGCCCAUUCCGGUGGUUCUUCAACUUCCAAGCAAGAAGAGGUCAAACGCCUUCCUGGCGGGAAGAUAAAAAAGAAGGAGAAACAAGAAGUUGUUAUUGAAAAGGUUGUACGUAAUAAGCGAAAAUGCAUAACCACUGUAAAAGGCCUGGAACUUUUUGGUGUCAAACUUAGUGAUGCUUCGAAGAAACUUGGAAAGAAGUUUGCUACUGGUGCCUCCGUUGUUAAGGGGCCAACUGAAAAAGAGCAAAUUGAUGUUCAAGGAGACAUAUCCUAUGACAUUGUGGAGUUCAUUACAGAGACUUGGCCUGUUGUACCAGAAGCUGCAAUUUUCUUUAUUGAAGAUGGCAAAAAAGUUCCAGCCGCUUGACGCGCCUAGUUUGGAUAUAUUUUUUUGAUUUUAUGCUCUUCUGAGCCUUUGCAGCUCUUGCCUAACGUUGUUUUGCAACCUUGGAAUCAUGGUAACACAGCUCACAGUUUUGAACCUUCACCGCCGAAGUAACUGGUUUAUCCUCCUUUAUCUUUGAUCUUUUGCUGGUCCAAUAGGAUGCUUGCUUGUAGAAGGCUUUUCCUUUAUCAUAUAAGAAACAUGAUUUACUGAUACAGUAUAUAAUGUUUAUAUAUGAUAUUAUAUAUAUUUCCACUAUUGGAAGGAA